UAAAUCUAAUAGAAAUACGCAGUCAGUCCGAGCAAAGCCACAUUCCUCACUCUUCCAUUUCCUGGGUUUCUCGCUCCCAACGCCAUCUCCAUUCUCCAUAGCCAUUAGCCACACCACAAAACAUAAAUCUAUCUAUCUAUCUAUCUAAUUUCCAUUUUGGUGAGAUGGCCGGUGCCGGAAUCCACCCGUACCACCAGCAAUGGCCUCCGGCUGCACCCCCUCCUCCUCCUCCCGCCGCCGCAGCUCCUCCUCCCAUCCUCGUCGACAACCCUAACCGCCCCGCCGCCGAUGAGGUUCGGACGAUCUUCAUUACGGGCCUUCCCGAGGACGUGAAAGAGAGGGAGCUUCAGAAUCUCUUGAGAUGGCUACCGGGAUACGAGGCUUCCCAAGUAAACCUAAAAGGCGAAAAGCCCAUGGGUUUCGCUCUCUUCGCAACUGGUCAUCAGGCUCUUGCUGCUAAAGAGACCCUUCAGAACAUGGUCUUUGAUGCGGACUCGAAGUCGGUUCUGCACACUGAGAUGGCCAAGAAAAAUCUUUUCGUUAAAAGAGAUAAUUUGGACAUAGCACCAAGAUCUGCAGGAAUAGUGGCCGAUUCAAAUGCUUAUGAUCCGAGUAAGCGCAUGCGAACUGUUGGUGACUACUCACAUGCUGGUUACUCAAGUCCAUCUCCUUUUCAUCCACCCCCACCACCUGUUUGGGGACACCAUGGGUUUAUGGCUCCACCUCCUCCUCCUUAUGAUCCAUAUGGAGGCUAUCCUGUUCCUCCAAUGCCAAUGCCAGGCCCUGCACCUGUACCAGCACCUAGCAGUUAUGUACCUGUUCAGAACACAAAAGAUAAUCCACCAUGCAAUACUCUAUUUAUUGGCAAUUUGGGAGAGAACAUUAACGAGGAAGAACUAAGAGGCUUGUUCAGCGUACAACCAGGUUUUAAGCAAAUGAAGAUCUUGAGACAGGAGCGGCAUACUGUUUGUUUCAUCGAGUUUGAAGAUGUGAACAGUGCCUCGAACGUACACCAUAGUUUGCAGGGUGCUGUGAUUCCCAGUUCAGGCUCUGUAGGCAUGAGAAUACAAUAUUCAAAAAAUCCGUUUGGGAAAAGGAAGGAUGGUGGCCACCCAGUUGCUGCACCUGGUGCCAAUGGAACUCCACCGGCUUUGACAUACCAGUAGCUUGAAGGGGAUGUACUCUGUUCCUUAUGCUCCGAAAUACAACUACUACAUGAUAGGAUGCAUCUUGCAGCUGUUGCAUGCAUCCAUUUCAUAUCAAGCCAUCACCAUAAACAUUUCUAAUGUGAAAGAAUGCACGUAGUGGCAUCAUCGACAUAACAUUUGGCCAUGUUAUACUAACUUACUCAAGACAUGCAUUUGUCAGUACUUUGUUAACGCCUGGACAUUAGUGGCUCAACUAUUGUUAUCAUUUAUAGGGAAAGUGGUGCAUGAGUCUGCAGAUUUGGUGGAUAUGAGUGCUUUCUUUCUCAUAUUAACUUUAUGUACAUCGACAUUAGGAUUGUCUAUCUAAAUAUACAUCUUGUUGUGUUUCAUAUCAUCAUGCGUUAGAGCUGAUUAAAUUCCUUCCACCAACUAGUCAUGAGAAGGCGAUCUUGAGUUUCAUUUCAUGGCAUGGGGCUUAUAACACACCAUUGAUCACGUUGUCUUUUGCUUCUCUGUCAUCAUUUGCCAUCACUACAACAUAACGCAAUUUGAAUAACUAUCACGUCAUUGUUUAAGCGGGGAAGUGGUAAUGAUGUCUACAUGUUCAAGAUAUUGGCAGAGUUACUCCAAAAAUGUUGGGAAUUAUAUGCCAUGUGAUUUAUAUACAGGGUUUCGUACAAAAGCAAAAGCUUCUAUCCAUUUGAGGAGGUCAAGUCUUGCAGCUGCUCCCUCCUUUUCAGGUAUUUAACUGUUGCCAACAACAUGCUUUAUGAAAAAUUUUCCAAUUGUGCGCUUGAUUAAUACCUUCGCAGCACCAACUAAAUGGGGGUGCGUGGAAAACAAAGAAUGAAAGGACCCAGUAUGAGUUGACUUUGUGUGAUUGUGUUAGGGAGAUAUAGAAUCUAUAUAUUUUAUUAGGGAUCAUCUCCCCGUUUUGCUUUUUUUUUUUUUUUUUGGUCAGGAGCUUGCUUAUGUGAUCCAUAUGAGUGAGCUUUUUAGAGUGGUUAUAUUUGGCACCACUAAAUUUAUAAAUGUCCCCACGUAACUUACACUUAUGUUUAAAAAAAUUUAAAAAACUUAUCCUGCUAUAGAUAAGCCAUGCAUAAUACUCGUUUUGACCUUUUAUAUAUAUAUAUAUAUAUCCCCCAUCAAAAACUCAACCCGGAAAGCAAAUGUAGUGAAUAUCCU